GAAAGCGCACUGCUGCAUGAUCGCACUCGACUCUUGCUCUCUCGCGUCGGUCGCUCCCCCAGACUGGUCGUGGACUCCAGCAUCAGCGGCGUCACCUCUUCAUCUGUGAUCCCCAAUCACGUCUCCAAUCCUCGCAUUGAGGACGUGUCUGGCUGUGCACCCUCCUUUGUCCCGUCGGACCCCUGGAUGGGCGCUUCCAUCGACGUGAAGAAAGCUCACCGUCGCAUGAAGAUUGCCCAGCACGAGAGGGCGUUGCUUGCAUUCUCCUUUCGGGGGCGCUACUUCGUCAGCAACUGCCUCAACUUUGGCGCCCGUGCCUCAUCUUGGUACUGGGCCCGCCUGGCCGGUGCCAUACACAGGGUCACACACUACAUCAUCUUCCUGAAGCAUUUUCUUUGGGUCUAUGUUGAUGACUGGCUGGCUGGGUUUCGCAAGUCCACUGCUCCACUGCAUGUGAGUCUGUGGGUGAUGUUGCUUCUCUGCAUCAACUUGCCAAUUUCGUGGUCCAAAUGCUCCAUUGGCGAUCAGAUCACCUGGAUCGGCUGGAGGAUCUCCUUUGAUUCAUGGACUGUGGAGCUGCCUGAUGAGAAGAUUCAUCGCAUCCUAGACCAGCUCGCCUCGGUGUGCAAGCAGAAGCGUGUCAAAGUCAAGGACCUGGAAUCCAUCAUUGGGCGUCUUCUCUGGCUGACAGGACUUUGGCGCCUGCUGCGUCCCUUGCUUCAGCCACUUUACGCUGCUCUUCGCGAUAUACCUUGCACUAUCGUGGCCGUGUCGCCGCAGCUUUGGACCCAGAUCCUGGACGCUUGUGGUGAUUCAGGGCGCCUCCAGCGCUCCUUGAAUCAUGCUUCAUUCCCGGAAGGUGCACGCCUCACUCGCGCUGGGAAUACUGCAAUCUCGUCCUUGGCGCAGCUCAAGCGCGUCCCGUUCAUCAAGCGUCGCUUGUGGGUCUCCAUCCAGGACUCCGACCACCCACUUCGGUGUCUCUCUCCGCUGUCCAUUGCGGCUCUGCAUUCCUGGUCUGCCAUCUUGAGCUCUACACCCUGUGUUUGCAACAUCAAGCAAGCUCCUUUGCUGCAUCUGGUGGCUGAAGCAGAUGCCUUCGCGGAUGAGGACAUGUGUGGACUGGGAGGGUACAUUCAAUGGCCCUCUGUGAAGCAGUUCUUUCCAUCCCUGGAUGGUUCUCUACAGCCUCACAUCUGUGCACUUGAGCUCCUUGCUCAAUACUGCCUUCUUGGGAUGGCUUCUGAGAUGGUGCCGCGCGCACGCCAUCAGCUUACUAUACCGAUGCGCUCCGACAACUCCGGUGCGGAGCUUGCAUCAGUGAAAGGGAUGUCGUCCGUCAAGAUCCUGGGCGAGGUCCUCCUUGCAUUUCUUGACUUUCAGCGCAGGAAUGGUUUGCAUGCCUCCGUUGAGCACAUCCCUGGUUACAGGAAUGACCUGGCCGACGAGCUCAGCCGUCUUCGAGAUGCCUUUUCUCCAUUACCUGAGUGCGAUCGAAUGCAUCCACCUCUACACUUCCUGCUUCGCUCA